CAAUUUCAGCGAUAAAAAAUUGUCCAAUGUACAAACUUUAAACUUAAGACUACAUUUCCCGUGAGGGAACAACGGAAGUACCUCACAGUCGUUGUCAUAAGGCAUGCUGGGUACCUAACCUCUCUCUUUCCGGCUGGUACGCCAUCAUAUAAGUCAACAUGGGAGCAUAUCGGUAUAUGCAGGAGUUAUGGCGCAAGAAGCAGUCCGAUGUGAUGCGCUUCCUGCUCCGUGUCCGCUGCUGGCAGUACCGUCAGCUGUCCAACCUUCAUCGUGCCCCUAGACCCACCAGACCUGACAAGGCUCGUAGGCUGGGCUACAAGGCAAAGCAGGGAUACGUCAUCUAUCGGAUCCGUGUCCGCCGUGGAGGCCGUAAACGUCCUGUGCCCAAGGGUGCUACCUAUGGCAAACCAGUACACCAUGGAGUUAACCAGCUCAAGUUCGCCCGCAGUCUGCAGUCCACGGCUGAGGAGCGUGCUGGCCGUCACUGUGGAGCUCUGCGCGUCCUCAACUCCUACUGGGUGGGUGAGGACUCCACCUACAAAUUUUUCGAAGUGAUUCUGAUUGACCCAUUCCACAAGGCUGUCAGACGCAACCCAGACACCCAAUGGAUCACAAAGGCUGUGCACAAGCACAGAGAGAUGCGUGGCCUGACCUCUGCAGGCAAAAAGAGCCGUGGUCUGGGCAAGGGCCACAAGUUCCACCUCACCAUUGGAGGCUCCCGCCGUGCAGCUUGGAAGAGACGCAACACUCUGCAGCUGCAUCGCUAUCGUUAGAGUGCUACAUGUCUAUACAUUAAAAAAAAUAAAUAAACUGCCCUUUUUAUGGUGA